CAUUUCUGUUGGGUGUCAGUCAGUCAGAUUCUUUGGAUACAUCUAGGGCUUAACUCCUGAAACAGACAUCUGAGUUGCACUUACCAGCCUUGAUUUAUAGGCUCUUUUUUUUUUUUUUUUUUGUGGCUUGUGUUUUCCAGGACCCUGCUUUCUCGGCUGUGAUUCACGACAAGCUCCAGGUCCCCAACACCAUCCGGAAGGCAUGGAAUGACAGGGACAACCGCUGUGACAUUUGUGCCACACACCUGAACCAGCUGAAGCAGGAGGCCAUUCAGAUGGUGCUGACCCUGGAACAGGCGGCCGGUAGCGAGCACUUCGACGGCUCACCUGGCUCGCCCCCACCUCUCUCCAAUAUCCCCACUCUGGUGGGGUCCCGGCACGUGGGGGCGCUCCAGCAGCCCAGGGAUUGGGCUUUUGUGCCUGCCUCCUAUGCCUCCUCCAACUACACAGCCUUCGUCACCAAUAAGCAUAGCAGCAAACCCAACAGCCUCGGGGUCAGCAAUGGGGCAGAGAAGAAGAGUGGGUCUCCAACCCACCAGGCCAAGGUCAGCCUCCAGAUGGCCACCAGUCCCAGCAACGGGAACAUCCUCAACUCAGUGGCCAUCCAGGCUCACCAAUACCUGGAUGGAACCUGGUCCCUGUCGAGAACCAACGGGGUCACCCUGUACCCCUACCAGAUUUCCCAGCUGAUGACAGAGACUGGCCGGGAGGGCCUGACAGAGGCGGUGCUGAAUCGUUACAAUGCGGACAAGCCUUCAGCCUGCAGCAUCCCCGCCUCGCAGGGCUCCUGCGUGGCCAGCGAGACCUCCACGGGCACCUCGGUGGCCGCGUCCUUCUUCGCCAGAGCUGCCCAGAAGUUAAACCUAUCUUCUAAGAAGAAGAAACAUCGACCUUCCACUUCCUCUGCUGCCGAGCCACCCCUCUUUGCCACCAGCUUCAGUGGGAUCCUGCAGACGUCCCCUCCCCCGGCCCCACCCUGCCUGCUGAGAGCCGUUAACAAGGUGAAGGACACACCAGGCCUGGGCAAGGUUAAAGUCAUGCUUCGCAUCUGUUCCACGUUGGCUCGCGAUACCUCCGAAUCCAGCUCUUUCUUAAAGGUGGACCCACGAAAGAAGCAAAUCACCUUGUAUGAUCCUCUGACUUGUGGAGGUCUAAAUGCCUUCCAAAAGAGAGGGAACCAAGUUCCUCCUAAGAUGUUUGCCUUUGAUGCAGUUUUUCCACAAGACGCUUCUCAGGCUGAAGUGUGUGCUGGAACCGUGGCAGAGGUGAUCCAGUCUGUGGUCAACGGGGCAGAUGGCUGUGUGUUCUGUUUCGGUCACGCCAAGCUCGGAAAAUCCUAUACCAUGAUCGGAAAGGACGAUUCCAUGCAGAACCUUGGCAUCAUCCCCUGUGCCAUCUCUUGGCUCUUCAAACUGAUAAAUGAACGGAAGGAAAAGACGGGAGCGCGUUUCUCAGUGCGGAUCUCAGCCGUGGAGGUGUGGGGCAAAGAGGAGAACCUUCGGGACCUGCUGUCGGAGGUGGCCACAGGCAGCCUGCAGGACGGCCAGUCCCCGGGCGUGUACCUGUGUGAGGACCCCAUCUGUGGCACGCAGCUGCAGAACCAGAGCGAGCUGCGGGCGCCCACCGCCGAGAAGGCUGCCUUCUUCCUGGAUGCUGCCAUUGCCUCGCGGCGGGGCAACCAGCAGGACUGCGACGAGGACGACCACCGCAACUCGCACAUGCUCUUCACCCUGCACAUCUACCAGUACCGCAUGGAGAAGAGCGGGAAGGGGGGAAUGUCUGGAGGCCGCAGCCGCCUGCACCUCAUUGAUCUUGGCAGCUGUGUGAAAGCUCUUAGCAAAAAUCGGGAAGGAGGCUCAGGGCUGUGCCUCUCGCUGUCCGCUCUGGGCAACGUCAUCCUGGCUCUCGUCAACGGCAGCAAACACAUCCCAUACAAAGAAAGCAAGCUCACCAUGCUGCUGCGGGAGUCCCUGGGGAACGUGAACUGCCGCACCACCAUGAUUGCGCACAUCUCGGCCGCCGCUGGGAACUACGCCGAAACCCUGUCCACCAUCCAGAUCGCCUCGAGAGUCUUGAGGAUGAAGAAGAAGAAAACGAAGUACACAUCAAGCUCCUCUGGCGGGGAGAGCUCCUGUGAGGAAGGCAGAAUGCGCAGGCCCACCCAGCUGAGACCCUUCCACACCAGGGCCGCGGGGGAAUCAGACUUCUCGAUCCCCCACCUGUCCAGUGACCCCGACUACUCCUCCAGCAGUGAGCAGUCCUGUGACACAGUCAUCUACAUUGGGCCGAACGGCACGGCCCUCUCUGACAAGGAGCUCACCGACAACGAGGGGCCCCCAGACUUUGUCCCUAUCGUGCCGGCCCUGCAGAAGACCAGGGCCGACAGCCGGUCCACAGAGGCCGGAGAGGCCGCGGCCAGCAAGUCAGAAAGAGACUGCUUGAAGUGCAACACAUUCGCCGAGCUGCAGGAGAGACUGGAUUGCAUCGACGGCAGCGAGGAGCCCAGCAAGUUCCCUUUUGAAGAGCUGCCCGCCCAGUUUGGGGAAGAGCAGGCAAGCAAGAGUCUCCCAUUAAGCCAGGCAGCUGGGGCGGGCCUGCUCUGUGAGUCUGAUAAAGAAGAUGACGGGUCAGAUGACCCACUGACCGACAGAGAAGGCGCUGACCCCCCGGCCUCCAAGGUGCAGAGGAAUCAUUCCCCCGUCCCUGCCGCACUGCUUACCAGCAGCCCCACCCCUGCUUCGCCCAGGAGCAUCCCUGGCAGCAGCAGCCAGCACAGUUCUUCCCAGCUUGUGCAGAGCCCCAGCCUCCAAAGCAGCCGAGAAAGCCUGAACUCCUGUGGCUUUGUGGAAGGCAAGCCCAGGCCUAUGGGCUCCCCGAGGCUGGGCAUCGCCAGCCUGUCCAAGACCUCAGAGUACAAGCCAGCCAGCUCUCCUUCCCAGAGAUGCAAAGUCUACACCCAGAAGGGUGUCCUGCCUUCUCCAGCCCCACUGCCAACCUUGAGCAAGGAUUCUGGCAUGGUCUCUACUGAGUCCCUGCUGCAGCCCGAGGUACGUACACCCCCAGUUGGAAUGAGCCCCCAGGUUUUGAAGAAAUCCAUGUCUGCUGGGAGCAAAGGGUUCCCAGAAACCCCUGUCGAUGAUGAACAUCAGGCAGCAACUUCUCCAGAUUCCAAGAAGGAGAUAUUGAGCACCACGAUGGUGACAGUGCAGCAGCCCCUGGAACUGAACGGUGAGGACGAACUGGUGUUCACCCUGGUGGAGGAGUUAACCAUCAGCGGGGUCCUGGACAGCGGCCGCCCCACCAGCAUCAUCAGCUUCAACAGCGACUGCUCUGUGCAGGCCUUGGCCUCGGGCUCCCGGCCCGUCAGCAUCAUCGGCAGCAUCAGUGAGGACCUGGAGUGCUACUCCAACGUGGCUCCAGUCUCUGAGGUCAGUAUCACCCAAUUCUUGCCCCUCCCGAAGCUGAACCUGGACGAGAAGGCCCGGGAGGCAGGAAGCAGGCGUUCCUCCAUCAGCUCCUGGCUGAGCGAGAUGAGCACAGGCAGUGACGGCGAGCAGCCCUGCCACAGUUUCAUCGCUCAGACGUGUUUCGGGCAUGGGGAGGCAAUGGCAGACCCCCCAGCCUCGGAGUUUGUCAGCAGCAUCCAGAACACUGGUGUGGUAUGCCGAGAGAAGCCCAGGGCAGGCCCUGACAAUUUGCUCAUCUUGUCUGAAAUGGGGGAAGACUCUUUCAACAAAGCAGCCCCCAUCAAAGGCUGCAAGAUUUCCACCCUGGGCAAGGCCAUGGUCACCAUCUCUAACACGGCCAGUCUGAGCAGCUACGAAGGGUACAUCCCCAUGAAGACCAACAUUACAGUUUACCCCUGCAUCGCCAUGAGUCCCCGGAACAUCCAAGAGCCUGAGGCGUCCAUUGCUACUGUUAGCUCAGUCCCCAGAGCAGCCCAGUCCCAGGAGAGCAAGGAAACCGAUGCAAAGAAAGAGAUGAAAUUUGAGGACCCCUGGCUGAAACGAGAAGAGGAGGUAAAAAAAGAGAAUGCUUAUCCCAGUGAAGAAGGGAUUAGGUAUGAGACUGCCACAGGCCCCCCAAAGCCUGAGGCCAGAGCAGAACAGGACAGGAAGGCCAGCCCAGGCGACAGGCUGAGCAGCAGCAGCGGUGAGGUAUCUGCUUCUCCCGCAGCUGACAACUUCAGGAGGGUGGUGGAUGGCUGUGAGAUGGCCCUGCCCAGUGUGGCUGUCCAGAGCCCUGUGCAUCUUAACAAAAGCCUGAAGUCAAGCAGCCUUCCCAGGGCUUUUCAGAAAGCCAGCAGGCAGGAGGAGCUGGACGGCCUCUUCUACCACUGCACUGCAGAGACCAACGGCAUCAGCUUGGCUUCUGGCACCCAGCCCUCCAAGGCCACCCUGGAGAGGAAGGUGGCAUCACCCAAGCACUGUGUCCUGGCUCGGCCCAAAGGGACUCCCCCACUGCCCCCAGUCCGAAAGUCCAGCUUGGACCAGAAGAACCGGGCCAGCCCCCAGCACAGCACCUGCAGCAGCAGCUCCAGCAGCCCCUUGAACCAACCUGCACCCUUCUUGGCUAGCUUCACGGAUGAGCCAAGCAGCAAGAUGAAGGAUGCCAGUAGCAGCAGCAAGCUCUUCAGUGCCAAACUGGAGCAGCUGGCCAGCAGGACCAACUCACUCGGCAGGACAACGGUCAGCCACUACGAAUGCCUCUCCUGCAGCAGCGGCCACGGCAGCGACAACAGCAGCGUGCUGAGCGGGGAGCUCCCGCCCGCCAUGGGCAAGACGGCGCUCUUCUACCACAGCGGCGGCAGCAGCGGCUACGAGAGCAUGAUGCGCGACAGCGAGGCCACCGGCAGCGCGUCGUCCGCCCAGGACUCCAUAAGCGAGAACAGCAGCUCCGUGGGCGGGCGCUGCCGCAGCCUCAAAGCCCCGAAGAAGCGCGCCAACUCAGGUAGGUGCGGGCCCCGGCCGCGGGCAUCGGCGCCCCUGCUCCCCUGUUCCCACCACCCAUCACCAGAGCCGUGGAGGGCUUCACUGUCAAAACCCAACGACGGGCAUCAUGACACCUUCAGGCUGAUUAAAGUCUAUGAAAUCGACGAUGUGGAGCGGCUGCAGCGGCGACGAGGGGGCAACAGCAAGGAGGUCAUGUGCUUCAAUGCGAAACUGAAAAUCCUGGAGCAUCGCCAGCAGAGAAUCGCGGAGGUCCGAGCCAAGUACGAGUGGCUGAUGAAGGAGCUGGAGACGACGAAACAGUAUCUGAUGCUGGAUCCCAACAAGUGGCUCAGUGAAUUUGACCUGGAGCAGGUCCUGGAGCUGGAUUCCCUGGAGUACCUGGAAGCGCUGGAGUGCGUGACGGAGCGCCUGGAGAGCCGCGUCAACUUCUGCAAGGCGCACCUCAUGAUGAUCACCUGUUUUGACAUCACCUCCAGGCGCCGCUGAAGGGAGCUGCCGCCGCCGCCGGCCCGGCCCGGCCCCGGCCCUCACUCCGGGAUCCGACUCCACACGGCCGGCACGCGACGUCCGGGCCGGGCCCGUCGGUGGCCGGGCGGCGUGCAGAGACACGGAACGAGGACGAAGGUCGGUGGCAAGUCUGGAGGGAGCGUGGAGCGGAAGGCGAUUUUUCUUUGUUCUCCGUAGGCAAGGUGCAGACACCAAACACGCGGGAGAGGAGACAAUGAUGGGAAGCCCAAGGGACGUGGAAGCCCGUUGAGACUGAAAAAGCACUUUGAGGAACUUUAAAGAACUUGUUUGUACAUAAGAACUGCCGGCAAAAGAGACCUCACACUUCUCCUGGUUUGUGAGAAAGGGCGAGGGUGGAUGUGGGAUUGCUGUGGAAAGCGUAAACAAAACAACAACAAAUUACCCCGAAUGACUGAUUAAGUGCCUUGCAAAUCUUUAUUAUUAUCCAAACAUUUAUGUUCAUAUGUUCUGGUGUACAGAUGGUGCUAGUCAAGAUGAAAACAGCAACAAAACAAACACGAAAGAAAAGCAAACACAUUUUUGCAAUGUAUUUACAGCUCGUUUUCUCUUGGUGUUUUACCCUAUUUCUGACUUGCUGUUUCUAAGUAAGUUGUGUUUGUAGAGCUAUUUCCUAAUCAGUAUUGCAUAUGAAUCAAUGUUACCUGUCUGUUUUGGUUCUGCUGGGAAGGCCACUCAAACAGAAGAUGGAGACUUCAGGCACCAGCCAGUGUGUUUCCAAAGAAGACUGGAACAGCAGGUGAUGCUCGACGCCACCUCCCAUGAGCGGCAGGGUCAGCGGGCAGACCUGGGGUCGAUCACAGAGCAGGUGUACGUGAGCUUGAGAGACUGGAACGGAGAGAGGGGUGCGUCUUUAAGGUGAAAGGAGCCUUUAGGAUCGGGCCCUGCUUACCCUUUGGAUGGGAUGUUUGUUCUGAAUAGUUUCCCCUCCAAGUCCUGACGGACAUAUACUAGUUCCUUACCCACAAAUCCAAGGUUUUUCAUGGCCCUGACAACAUUUUUCAUCUUUGUUUUUAUUCCAAAGACUCUGGAGUGAGAGCUUGAACCAAUUCAACAGAGCCAUAUUUUUUUUCUUCUCUAGUUUUGCGAAUUUAUUAGCGCAGAAGAUGUUUCCCAGUUUGGAGACCUUCUCGGGCUUGUAGAUGCUCAGAGAUCCCAACAGUAUUACCAUAGAACAAGGAAGGAGAGGGAGGGUGGCACAACUUUUUGUUUUCCGGAGUGCAGCUUAAAUACAAGAAGUCCCAGCUCUCUUGUGCACCAAAGCCUCCAUCCCAAGAAAGGACCAGGCGUGGCCCCUCAACCUUGGCACCUGAAGACAGAGAAAGGUUUCCUGUUGUACACCACACAUGCAGGGCACACAGUGUCAUGCAUAUGGAUGUACAGGGCUUGACUCCAGGAACUUUGGAGCUCAUUGUCAAACUGAGUUGUUCAUCCCUGCCACAGUUCCCUUAGGGAUUAUUAUCCCCGCUUGAGUGAUGGAAACCCAAGGCACAGAAUGGUCAAAGCAUUGUCUGAUAACAGCUGUGGAUCAGCUGGGUGUUUGCUUACCUUCCAGGUCAAGGCCCUCUCCCAGGCCCCUGCAGCCUGCCGAUUGAUGGAGGUGCCCAGGGUUUUCUAGAGCACUGUUCUUUUUGCCCUCAAAUGCAGAAUACCUAUGUGAGCCAACUUGCAGGUGAGGCAGUCCCGGCUAACCAGCUGCUUCCUGGGGAAAAAGAACCUUUGCAUUUCUUUGUCAAUGUUACACAGCUGGAGAAGCUCAGCUGAACUCAGUGGGUACCAAAGUCUUGUGCUUCCUAGUACCAGCCCUCUACUGGUCAGAACAGGGCAGAGACAGCCCUGAGCAUUAGCAUUAGCCCCAUAGACUGGAAACCAGCUCCAUGGAUGACAAGUCUGGCUUUGUGUCCCGUUAGAGCUCUCUCUCCUCUGCAGACGUGCACACAGAAGCUUUGCUCCCAUCUGAUAGCUCAAACGGGCGAAAAUAUGGUGAAAGGUUACUCCAGAAUGGAUCAUUUCCUCCUCUAGUUAACAAGUGUGUCUGCCACGUGGGGAGAAAGAGCUCCCUCAUCCUAACCCCAUUCUCAAGGGCAGCCCCCUGGCUCUGGGCACACCUCUGUCUCAGCACUUGUGUGGAUGGGCUUGCUCAACAGCAGCAUAAAGGAGGCUUCUGGACCUCAAGGGAUGCUAACCUGUUGAGUUCGUUUGGGUUUUCCAUUUGGCAUCCCUUUGGUUGCUGGUUUGAAAUAUACCACUUCAUGAAAAACCGUUAAUGUGGGGAUUGUCAAAGGUGAGUAGCCCAGUCUUUGUUGGAAACACAUGCAUCUGAUGAGUAAUCUGUGUCCUUUGCGUUUAUCUUGCCCACGUCUCCGCACAGGUUGACUCGCUGUGCUGCUUUCCUUAGAAGGCCCGCGGUGGGGUUCUCAUGCCUUUCCCGGAGCGAGACUAAGUGGAAACAUCUCCAGGGAUUUAAAAUCUUGAUCCGUGAAUCUUUCCUAUAGGAGUGGCCUUUGGCUUGCCUCCUGCCUAAACCUGCUUUAUAUGUUUGUAGCAACUUCAUGAGAUAACAAAAGGGUUGAAUGAAAUCAAGAGCUAUCUUACCAAGUCAGAUUGGCCUCCCCAGAUGCCACACCAUGCAGCAUCUCUCAGGGUGCUAUCGGCCGUGGUUUAGGGAGACAACCCUGCAUGGAGGUUGUCCAUUCUGGCUGUUUAUUUUCUUUCCUUUACUUGUCUUUUCUAACCUAAGUAAGCUGAAAACAUCUUAACAUACCAAGUAUUGAUAAACCAUGUGAAGAAGUUGUGAAUUCUAUGCUAUGAUGUGCUUGUUCCCGGUUCUACCUAUGAGUUGACUAUACAGCUGGUCAGCUAUUCUGAAUUAGUGCCAACAACUGAAGAACCCCUCAUUCAAUGACGAGAUGUGUGGUUGGUCCAGGUCUCCUCCUGGUUUUGGUGACAGAUAACCUAGGAGGCAAAAGGAAUGUCAAAGAAUGCAUUAUUCCAUUUCAUUAUCCACAAAUGAAAGGACCAGAAAAAUGUUUAUUUGAGAUUAACACUUAGGCACAGAAACCUUAAUUCUUUGUCUGAAAUCUGCCCCACUCUCUACAUAGUCUAGUCUGAGAUGGAAGCAUCAGCAGCAGAACAAAGCUCAGAGCCCAGAAGGGGAAACAGUGAUACUGUCUCCAGGAGUGAAUCCGUAUUGCAUUUCAUGGUGGUGUUUCAUGUUGCAACAGAGUGAGAGUUUGCUUUAUCCUGGGCUUUCAAGCCCACCUGAGAGCUGCAACCUUUGAUCCCCUUGUCCUUGAAUUCCCCUCUCCAUUACAGGGAAGCUGUCUCUAACUUUCAUCUCUUCCAGAUUUGAAAUCAGAACACCCUGUCUGUUGUUUUAGCUCCAGUUGCUAUUCUGAAUGUGGGGAAACUUGAGAAGCAAAUGCAGUGGUCGUUCUUAUGUUGACACAGGUGGGGUUCAUACAAGGGAUCCCGAGCUGGGGAGGGGAGAGAAACUGGGAUAAAAUGCCAUGCAGUCCAGAAUGGGGAGAUUGGCAGGUAGGAAUCUGGCCGUUUGUCAUAAAUUAGUCUUAAGCUUGAAGUCUGUGUUCCUGGAAGGUGGCAGUGACUUCAUUGCAGCCACAAAAACCAUCCACGGUGGUGAUGCAAAAAGUCUGACACACACACAUACGCAUCUUGUGCUGGUUCUCGGAUUUCUGGAUUUCUAUUCAUGUUGAGCAAGAGCCCUUUUCUGUGCUUCAGAUUCUGGUGCCGAUCAUGAAUUUUGGUUAAUCCGUCAGACUUUAUCACAGGUGUUACUAUUUGAAAGCAGUUGUCUGAUCUGGGUUUCCUGGCAUAGAGGCAGGGCUUGCAAGAGCCCAGGCGUUUGUUAGCCUGGUUCUGCACACAGCUGCCUGUCAUUGACCACUAUUGCUCUGUAAGCAGGACUCCCAGUAAGUAAUGAUGUUGUGAAUGUUUUUAAGUUCCCUGUUCCAAAAAGGGUUUAGGCUAUAAAAGAAAUUACUAAAGAUGAAUUAAUUUCAAAAUUGAAACCAGAAGAAUUCAUGAAUUUACUCAUUGUUCUUUCCUGCUAGAAUAUUAGCCCCACUCUGAGCACGUACUAAAAGAUUUCCUCACUUUUAAGGGCAAUGUAUUUUAAACCCUGAAACCAUGCCAGUGAGAAACACAUUGAAAGCCCUGUUCUCGAGGACUUGAUGCUGAAUAAGCCAUCCAUUGGUACUGGCUGUGGGGCCUGCCUGCCGCCACCCGGGCAGUGUGGCCCAUCUUCCCCACAGGGGACUCUCUUCAACACUGCCACACUGAGACUCGACUGCCCAAGUCAAGACAGGCCAGCCAAGCCUGCUUUUCUCUGUGCCAAAGGAAACAAAACUGACACUCAGUUCCACUGACACUGCCAGCAAAUGGUCUAACAGUUUAGGGGAGGAAUGGGGAGGGCAGGUGGUGGAAUAUAGUGUUCCUUUGGGUUAUAAUCUCUCUCCUCCUCCAGCAAAGAUCUGUCAACAUUUGUGGGUAAAACUCACAAACUGUGCAACUUAGCAAUCCUGACAAAAUACAUAUUUAUUACAAACUGUUCAUCAUUUCCAGAUAAAAGCAGAAUUCCAGUCCAGGAGAAGCUCAUCUUCUCAGACAAAAAAAAAAAAUCUUUACAAAGUUUCAGAAGCUGCUUAUCCAUCCCUAAACAAACACAUUCUGCUUUUGGGUGGCCCUGCUCAGAACUGGAGACCAUGGCAUAAUAUUGGACAUAUAGUGGUGCUUGAAAUGGUACCAAGCUUUUAGUGCAUAUGAUUAAUUUCCUCUAAAUGCAAUUCCCAAUGCCCACAUAUGUAGGGUGAGCGCUGAAGCCCUGGCACUCACACAUCUGUUUUAUGUAGAUGUAGAAAUUACCUUCAAAACUAAAGAGGCUCACUGCCUCAUUCGCCAGACUGCUCACCACAUCCCACAGCAUCAUACUCAGUUUAUGAAGAGGCUAUCAUUUAUUUGUAAACUCAGGAUGUUUUGUAGUGUCGCUUGUGUUUUAUAAUUUAUUAAUACAUCAUGGUUGGAAAUGCUAUCCAAGUGCUAUAUGCAUCGAAGUGUAAGUUUGGUGGAUCUGUGGUGGUUUUUUCUUCUCACUCUAGCAAGUUCUGUUAACAGAGACACAGGCAGGGGUUAGGGGAGAAGUGAAUCAGGAGAACAAGGAUUAGAGUCCAGUCCUCAAAGUACAGGGCUUAGUUCAAAAUCGAAUUUGUUUCUAUAGUAAGUAAGUAGCUGACGGGGAAAAGAUCCUUCCCUUUUGAACUGGAUGAUAACAGGCUUGGAAAUCAGCCUCCACGGGCCUAAGUGAAGGAGGAUCUGGCCUCUUCCUGCUGGUUGAACACUAAGUUUUUGAGAAGUACAGACAGUAUUAAGUUCCUAAAUUUUCUAAGACACCCCACCCCCUGCCCUGGUGUUACUGAAGGGGGUUUAGAAAAGCAACUGGAGUUCCUUACCUUGGAUAUAGAUAGUACCUGUUUUUUUUCUGGAGAAACCAAAGCACUUUAAUGAGUCUUACAACCCGUAAUACUUAAGGCAUAUUGUCCCCUCACUAGAUCUCUGAGAGGCAGGGAGGGGCUGGGGGCAGUAGUCUCAUUUGAGAGGCAGCUAAACCUAGGAGAGAAAGCCUUGAGCUCGGAGUAAGGAGACCGGGCUCCAGGCCCACUUUCCUCGCUCACUAUGCAACCUUGGGCAAGUCGCUUCACUUUGCUGGGCCUCAGGCUCCCCACUGGGAGACUGGGGAGUCAUAAUAGCUGCCCUUCCGGGACAGUGUAAAGAGAAAGUGGUAUAGUUGAUGGAAAGUGCUUUGAAGGAAUGAAAGCUCUGUGCAGGAGCUGGGGAUAAUCAUUUUCGAUGAAGAACCUGAGUCAACAGCCAGCGAUUGGCCCAAGUUCCCAGAGCAGUUUUAUAGCAGAACCGGGGCUUGAGUCUGGCAUCCCAGACUGUUCCCAUGAGGUGCUGUCGCACCAGGUAUGUGGAUACGUGGACACACACCACACAUACGUACUGAUGUGUGUGCAUGGGGUGUAUACGGAUGCAUGUGUACAGAAGGUAUGUGACAUGGUGGAACAGCACAGGACAAAAACCCUGAGUUCUGACCCCAGUUUUGAUAAGAGUCCUAUGGCCUUGGAGAUAUUAUCCAACUUCUCUGGAACACGGUUUUCUAGUCUGUAAAAUGAGGACAGUAUGCUAAAUGAUCUUUGUGGUUCUUUCAGCGCUAGUCAUGUAUGUAUGUAUAUAUAAAUAUGCUAAUCUGUAGAAAUGGCCGAUUUGAAAAUUGGAGGCAAGGCCUGCCCAAGUGCAUUUCUUGUGUCAGAAACAGCAGAUUCACAAAUAAGUUCAUAAAAAUCUCAUUUUAAAUUCAAUGGUGGUAUUUGAUGUCACUGUUUAAAAUUCACCAUUUGGAUAAAAGAUUGGUGCCGUUUUCAAAAUUAAGUUCUUAGCUUACAAGUGUUUGCUGUUAUAAAUUUUUCUUAAAUUCAUUUGUUAAAGUCAAGAAGUCAACUAUUCUGUACUUGGGUAGGUCCCGACAACCUGUUUACAAACAGGCCGGCUUUUGUGUGUGGGCCUUCACAUAGCAAUAUAAGAAAGUUAGCUGUUGGCUUUAUCAUGAUACAUGUGAGCAGGCUACCUGGAGAACAGUGUGGAAAAGAAAGUUAUAGUUCUCAAAAACUGGUGACAUGAAUUCAUUGAGCUAUGUGCCAUUUCCAGUGUGAAGACAUUGUUUGCUGGCUACGAUCUCUGACUUUUUGUGGCAUAUGAGGUGUAAAACGUUGUCAAAAAAGAAUCUGGUGUUUAAAAAGAAUCAAACUAUGGUGGCAUUAAAUGUUCACUUUUCUCCUA